AUACGAAAACGACAGAAGAAAAAGAUGGCUGGAUAUCCAGGGAGUACUGUUGAGGAUGAAGAGAGCCUGUAUAGUGGGAAAAAACCCCAGCCUUCUGCAACAACUCCAAUGGCAGAGGUAGUUCAAAACGAAGGAGGGAUCCAGAAGAAGAAAUCCCCGACAUUAAGAGAGAUAUUGGGUUUGGAAGACCUCUUUUCCUUGACGACAUGGAGAGCAUCAGUGGCUGAGCUCCUGGGCACAGCUGUUCUUGUUUUUGCACUGGACACCAUAGUCAUUUCAACAAUUCAGACUCAGACAAAGACACCCAACCUUAUAUUGUCAACCCUUGUUGCCAUCAUUGUCACAAUUCUCCUACUUGCUACCUAUCCCAUUUCUGGUGGCCACAUUAAUCCUAUUGUCACUUUCGCCGCCUUACUAACUGGCCUUAUUUCCAUCUCAAAAGCUUUUAUCUAUAUCUUGGCUCAAUGCGUUGGUGGCAUUGUAGGUGCACUGGCACUAAAAGCGGUGGUCAACAGCGAAAUUGAACGAACUUUCUCUCUCGGAGGCUGUACCCUCACCGUUGUCGCACCGGGACCAGAGGGGCCGACUGUGGUAGGUCUGGAGACAGGACAGGCUCUUUGGCUAGAGAUAAUUUGUGGGUUUGUUUUUCUUUUCGCUUCAGUGUGGAUGGCCUUCGAUCAUCGCCAAGCCAAGGGUUUGGGCAGAGUUAAUGUUUUGAUCAUCGUCGGAAUAGUACUGGGCCUUCUCGUGUACGUUUCUACCACAGUCACGGCUACGAAAGGCUACGCCGGGGCAGGGCUGAAUCCAGCAAGGUGUUUGGGACCAGCCAUUGUUAGAGGGGGCCAUCUUUGGAAUGGGCAUUGGGUGUUUUGGGUAGGGCCAGCUAUUGCUUGUGUGGCAUUCGCCAUAUACACAAAGGUCAUUCCAAGCCAACUUUCCCACACCAUAGAGUAAAACCUAACUGAAAUUCAAGGAUUCCUUGGGCAUAAAGUUAUGUUCAAGUUUGAAAAUAAUGCCGAGAGAUAAAUUCUUUUAAUGUUGUUCACCUGUUCAAUAAUUGAACAGGUUGUAAUAAUGUAUCAUUUAUUUGUCAAUUAAAAAAAUAACUUGUAAUAUUUUCUUUCGUUGUCUACAAUGUAACAAGUUUUAAUGCGUAAA